AUGUCACUAAAUUCUACACAGUGAACCUUUAAUGUCCCUGCCAGGCUUAAACACAAUAAUAAUAAUAAUAAUUGAACUAAACUGAACUGUGGCUCCAUUGCUUAUAUUUGUCUUGUACAAUUUAUAUUUAAUUCUGAUGACUCCCCCUGGACAUUUUCUAAUAUUUUAUGAAACCUUUUGCAUCCCAUGCUUAACACUCUACUUUUUUACUGUCUCUCACGUGUGUGAAUGGUCUGAAGUGCAGCAUCCGUCUGAUCGAUGACAGUCCAAAUAAAGAGGUUCAGUUCUUUUGCAACUUCACUUCUGCUUUGUCGCUGUUUACUUACUUUAUUCACACGUUUCUAUUCCUCUCAUCUCUUCAUUCCCUCCCCCAUUACUUUUAUACAUCCGGGUCGCACCGCAGGCUCGGUAGCAGUGCAUUUAUCAAGCUAACCUGAGCUAGCCGCCUUGUUAGCGUCAUUAGUUCGUCCAAGAAGAAACAAAAAGCUCUUUCGUCCGCAAACUUUGACACCGGCCGCGACGGGAUGUUCUCAGUCGACGUCGUUGAUGAAGCUCGACUGGAGUAGCUGUUAGUCUGUAGGUCCACAAUGCAUGGACAACGAUAAUGGCAUCUCAGACCAGGGAAGUGGAUGGGAAACUUUUUGCUAAUAAGUCAUCGCUUGGCAACUCCCUGGAGCGGCGCAACAGUUGCCAUUUCACCCCAUAAUCCAUCAUGUCACUACCAAAUGAAUCAGGGAACCGAGGGAAGGAUCGAGAGAGGGGGGCUCGUCCCAAGGUGAGACAGAGCCGGUCAGAGGAAAGACGGGAUACAGGUCGGAAAGGUGGAAAGGCAAAGAAAAAGGGCCUUUCCUGCCAUGAAUCAGCAGCUGAGCGACCUGUCAGUGAUGGCUUCGAGUAUGGUGAGCUGUUAAGUGAUCUGGAGAGCAGUGACCAAUCUUCCUGUUCCCUGAGGGAGAGCUGGAGAUGGCCAGGUUUGGACGUCACCGCCUCUUCACUAGGACAAGAAUGUAUAGCAGCCAGGCCUGGACUGGAAACAGUCGGCUCUGUCAGUGAGCUGCCUGCGUCAAAUGAAGGUGACAGCAGAGGGUCGAGCAGCAGUCGCACUCUCCGGCAAAAAAUCCAAGAUGCAAUGGGGCAGUGUUUCCCAAUAAAGACGCACAGUGCAGCAGCACCAGCUCCACAGGCUCUGUCAUCAUCAGCCGCCUGCGUCUCCUCAAGGCGUAAGAUCCAUCUCAGUGAGUUGAUGUUGGAUGACUGCCCUUUCCCUGCAGGGUCUGAGCUGGCUCAGAAGUGGUAUCUCAUUAAGCAGCACACAGCCCCCAUUACCCAGCCUCCCGUGCUGGAUUCUGCAGUCGUGUGCAGUGCCCCACCUUCAGCCAUGCCUACUGUGGUGGAGGAUGUAGACGAUAGGUUGAGAGAGCGCAGGCGAAUUAGCAUUGAGCAAGGUGUUGAGCCACCCCCCAAUGCAGAGAUCCACACAUUUGAGGUGACGGCCCAAAUUAACCCUCUCUACAAGCAUGGCCCUAAGCUUGCUCACGGUAUGAAUGAGUUAGCAGGGGCUGACAGAGCCUCUGCUCAACAGCAACAGCAGCUUCUUCUCCAAAGACAGCAGCAGCACCAGCUCCUGCUUCAGAGUUGUUUGGACACUCUGGAUGAGGUGGUGGCCUCGGCCUCAGCAUCGGCCUCUGUCCACACCAGCGAUACCAUCUCUGACCCUGUGGUUGAACCAGAGGUUACAGUGACCAACAUGCCCUCCAAAGCCAUACUUCCUCAGACUGAACAUCAACAAUCUCAAGAUGGCUACCGCAUUCACACUCAGAUUGAUUACAUUCACUGUUUAGUUCCAGACCUGCUGCAAAUUACCAACCUCCCAUGUUACUGGGGGGUCAUGGACCGCUAUGAGGCAGAGACGUUGCUGGAGGGAAAGCCCGAGGGCACUUUCCUACUGCGGGACUCUGCCCAGGAGGACUACCUCUUCUCGGUUAGCUUCCGCCGCUACGGCCGAUCGCUUCAUGCACGCAUUGAACAGUGGAACCACAAUUUUAGUUUCGACGUGCACGACCCCAGUGUCUUCCACGCUUCCACAGUUACAGGAUUGCUGGAGCACUACAAGGACCCCAACUCUUGCAUGUUCUUCGAGCCCCUGCUUUCCAACCCUAUCCACCGCACACAGCCCUUCAGUCUGCAGCACAUCUGUCGAGCGGUCAUUAGCAGCUGUACCACCUACGAUGGCAUUAAUAUGCUUCCCAUUCCAAAUGCUUUGAAAAAGCACCUGAAAGAAUACCACUAUAAGCAGAGAGUACGUGUACGUCGAAUGGACACCUGGUGGGAAUGAAGAACAACAAAGGAAACAAAUACAUUUUUAAGAAAGGUCUCUCCUAAUUGAACUAAACAAUGACACUUGUUCUUGACUCUAUGGCUGUUUUAACCCACACUGCACUGUUCUUAUUUAUUUUAUUCCUGCUGUACAUGUCUUAACAAUUGUAUGAACUCCACUGAUGAGGAGUAAUCUCACUGAUCUUUCACGCUCCAUGUUCUUAAUGCUCAGAUUAAACCUUUAUAUUUAGAUCUGUGUUGUUCAGAGAACUAUCAUCAUCUGUGUUUUCAAGUAUGACUAAAUCAGCUUUAUUAUCUUACAAUGGGGGAAUGUGUCUUAUGUGGAAAUCGAAAUGAUUAAAAUAAUAGUUGUUCAUCAGUCACAUGCUGGGAAAAUGAAACAAACGCAGACAAGGUAUCCUACUUGUUACCGAGGUGAGGAAGUGUAAAUCAUUUCCUACAGUGAUCCUAGGAAUUUCUUAGAAACUGGUUAGAUGAAGGUCCACGACCUACCUGUCCUUAUUAUGAAAGAGAAGGUUUGAUCCAGAAUAGAUAUUUGUCACACACUGAAGUCAUGAAGACGCUCCCCUUAUUAUUAUAGUUUCAUUGCAGGAAAAGAUGCAAAGCGAUAUUGCACAACUAAUAGUAAAUGAAUUCCAUAUGUUCAGAUUUUACAUAAUUUGGUUGCUUUGUUUUCCCCUUCAUCAAAAACCAUCGGUUGUUUUUCCUGAGGUUAAACUGCACACAGCAAGAGCCAGUGGACUUCAUUACAAGUAUCAAAUGUAAAAAAUUGAACUGUUUCACAGAAAAUCUGGCUGCAGUGCUGGUUUGAGUGUACUCGUCCCCAAUCCAGAGGUUUGGUCUGACUUUUUUUAUUUUGCAUGUAGCGUGAAGACCCAGAUCCUUAAAAAUGUUGUUGCUUAAAGCCCUGCUGUGCUCUAAAGAGGCGGGGUGUGCACACACUAAUCUUUCAUUCCAGCAGUUCGGUGAUAAAAUUGUCAUAGUGAAUUAGCAGUGGUGAAUCUUAAUUGAGAGGAAAAUGAUGGGACAUGGAAUGCAUGUAGGCUUUUUCUGGAUCAUGAGAUUAAGUCGGCUACACAGAAAAAAGCCUGUGAGCUCUGAAAAGAUUUGAAGAGAUGAAUCCGACCUAAGCUAAAAACCUAAAGGCUCUGAGGAGAGGUACCGCUGGAAAUGCAAGUCUAUGAACCUGAGGCAAAUGCUUAGAAUUUAAUAUGUCAGAGUACAGGGUGAAUUGCACUUUGUAGCAUAUGAUAUAAUGCAUAAUACUGUGCAAAAGAUAUAACAAACUAGAAUGGUAUCAGAAAGCAUAAACCUCCACCAAGGCCCAACAGUCCCCUAUUUAAAAAAUCCUGGAUCCGCCCUCAGAUCUGGGUCUGCAUCAAAACUGAGUGGGGUUCUUCCCUGACCCAUAAUGCACCAUUCCAGCAAUUCAUCUGACAGUUUUUGUCAAAUACAACCUCAUUGGCAGAGGUAGAUAUAUAGAUAUCUUAAAUUAUAAAUGGAAAAUAUGUCAACUACUCAAAUUCCACAAAUACAAACAGAAAAUCAUUGUAUUACUAUCAGAAGACCAACAUAUAUAUUUAAACAGAAUAAUUCUCUAAACCUUGCAAAUGGGGCUAUUCUACAAAAGCACUGUAAAUCUAUUGAAAGGAAGACGAUUGAUCUGCAUGUCUGAAUGUGCAAAUAAAACCGAUGUGCCACAAAUGAGUAAAACAUUUCUCACUAGACAGACUAAUUCACAUUAUUAUCAAGGACUUAUUCAAAUAUUCAACUGCAACAUUUACCUGUGCAGUAGAGUCAUCAACUGCUGUGCGUUUGCAGCAUUUUUGUACUAAUGAAAACACACAAGAGAGACCAGGCAGCUAAUUGUUGAAUGCAGUAAGUAAUAAUCACAAAAGAAAAGUGCCCUGGUGUUAAUAAGAAAGCAUUGAGAAUGGAUCUCCGUUCACCCCCUGAACCGCUCUGAUAUGCUUCUUCCUCCUUGAGAUGGGUGGGUGAUUUGCUGGAAGCAAAUUAUUCAUGACAGGCACUCAGCCACUAAUGAAGAUGCUAUAAUUUAAACAGCGGUUCCAAGGCAGUGUUAAAGUCUGCAUCUGAAAUGCAAAGUCCAGACCUUUGACCUUAGUAUACUUAAUUAAGUCACUACAAAAUCUAAAGUAUAAAAUACGGUUCAGUGUGUUGGAAGACAUUUGACCUGUCAUGCAUACACAAGAGUGGUCGGUACUAUGAACGUUCUGUACAUGCAAUUUCAGUCCUGUGACAGUUAAAGACUUUGUCUUGUAUAUUCCACCACAUCACAAUCUGGUAUUUUAUGGCAGAUAAACGUACAAGAAUUAGUUUAUAAGUCUGGGUUUUCCUGUAAUUAUUUUGAAGGUGAUAGCUAAAUUAUAUGCAAGAUGACUUAUGUGUAAUGCGGUGCUAAUUAUUGGUUUAAACGGCACAUUUCCAAUCAAUAAUUUCCAAUCAAGUGGAACCUAGAGAGUUAGAGUGCACAGCAGAUCAGAUCAGAGCACAAUUUUCUACCAGUAAGCAUUCAGUCAAACAUAUGGAGAACAGAGUGAUCAAUAUUUAAUCAAUAAUGAAUGAAUAUGUAGUUUGGUUUCUCCCAGUGUACCUCUGGAAAUCAUCAACUGUGUAAACUCAACACAACUAAACAACCUAAACUGUCCGAUUUUGGACAAUUCCGUUGAACAAUAUGUGGAAAUUACUUGUAAAAUAAAGUGUUAACAAGCUCAA